CACUUCCGGUCGCUCGCGUCACUACCGGAAAAGGUUCCUCCCUCCCCCGCCUCCCCGGCAGUUCGGUUGCUGCAACUGGCCGAGCCGCCGGGAUGAAGGACGGCUCCCCGACCCAGGCGCGCAGAGAGAGGCGUAGAUAUUCGCCAAACAUAAAAGUGUCAGAUGAAGUGGAUUGUAAUCCAGUGAAGGAUGUGAGUCCUGAAAGUGAAUCUGACUCUGACCAAUUAGAUGAAGAAACCACUGACUCACCUUUGGAUCUGGGAGCAGCUGGGGAUUCACCAAUAUUUAGCAGGACUCGCUCUCGCACUUCAUCAGAUCAAAAUCCCCAACAACCUAACUUAAGCCGAAGACCGCUUCGUUCAACUCAAGGUCAAAAGGAUGAUGUAACUCCAUCAAGUAAAGUUAAUACUAAGCUUGUACCUCCAGUACUGCCUCGCACUGAGCUUCCCCCAAAGGAAGAUGAAAGAAGCAGAAAACUUGCACAGGAAGGAAGUGCUGAUACUUCAAACAAGAAUGUGAUCUUCAUUCUAAUGAUUGUAGUGGUGUUUUUCUCUGUGUUGUUGCUGAUGAAUGCGCCCCAGUCUGUUACUUUGGUGGAAAGGACAACACUAACUGUAUUUUUAGACAAGUUUGAGCAGGUUCAGGCCCUGUUCUACGGACAGCAGUCAGUACUGUGGAAGAGAAGCAGGAUCACAAUGUGCAACCAUAUUAAUCUGACCCGGCAUGAGAAACCUGCCAUCCUGAUGUUUGUAGCUGCAUCAGAUGGGCAGAAGACCUUGAGGUGCCUCACUCGUCGGAUUGCCGAUGCUUACUCCUCAGCCCUCAAUGCGACUGCAGCGGUGGAAGUCAAUGCAACUGUUAGUAGUGGCCAGAACAGUGAUGGUGUGAAACUGGAGGUGGAUACCCAGCUGUCAUCUGGGUUUGACAAAGGCAGCAAGGUAGCAGUCAUUCACCACUUCCAGGAUCUUCCCCCUUUGUCCACCCUGAUCUUCUACAAGUACUGUGACCAUGAGAACGCAGCCUACAAGGCAAUCGCCCUGCUGAUCACUAUUCUCCUGGACGAGGAGAAGUUGGCACCAGACGUUAGCCUGAAAGUUUUGGAAAUGAAGGUCCGUGACUUUCUGAUAAGGAGGUUUUCUGCUUCUGAAGGUAGUCAAGGCAUGGACACUGACAAACUGAGCGGCCUGUGGAGUCGCAUUGCACAUGUUGUGCUCCCAGUGGCACCAGUUCGUGAGAUAGAGGAGGGAGGUUGUGUUUUGAAAGAGUAUGGGAAGUGAAGUCAAAGGGAAGUUUAAACACUUGCAUUUGAUUUCCUGUUCCUCAUCCGUAAUCACCCUACCUCCCUCCUCCUGGUUCCUCUACACCUGUUUCUGUCAAGUACAAGUACAGAAAUCUCAAAUGAUGAGUCAUGGGUGAGGGAGGCUGAUCUUAGUCACUUAAAGGGAAUAUAAACACCGGAGCAGAAAGGUCUCGCCAACAUGAAUAGAUACUGCCUUCUGUUUUUAAUGGAAGGACAGUUUACAAAUCUAAAGUUAGAAACAAAUCAAAAUUGUGACAUAAUGUAUUAAAAUAUUAAUUGGAUACUUAGUGUUGUAACAAAAAAAAAGGAGAUUCGAUAUGCACAGACCCUCCCACUUUCCUAAUUCAUAAUGCAUUACUUCACCCAAGCUGAGUCUUGCAUUAAACAGUUUGACUGGAGACCUCAUGCCGGUGAUUAGUGUUCAUUUAAUGCCAUGUUUUACUUGUGCAGUGAUGGCUGGUUGUUGUAUCACAGCAUUAAAGACCAUCUCAACUAAUAUGCAGUGAUUUAAAAUAGAAAUAUGGAUAUGGGUGAUAUUGGACACACUGGCAGCUGAUGUAAAUGAUUUUGGUGGGUCAGCUAGCUUUUCACUUGGGAUGGGUGCAUGAAAUAGAUUAAGGAAUAGAUUUUAAAAAGGGCAAGAUGGAUAGACCUCUCCCUCACUUUGACCCCAGAAAUAACUAUUGGCAGGAAAUAGAUCAACUGAGUUACUAGUUGCCCGGCAGUUCUGUCAUUCUAACAUAUGCAAAAAGAGUUGUCUCAACGGAUUGAAUGCAAUUCUCAACCAACCACUUCCAAUUCUUCUGAAACUGGAGUUGAGCAGAGUGGAGUGCAGAUCAAACAGACUGUAAUAAGUAGACCACUGUUCAUUGAUAUGUCUUAAUAUUAAUUAGAGAAUUAGGAAUCCUCCUAAAGCCUCAAUUUCAUGUUGUGAUUUACAAACUAUGCCAAUAAUUGUAUAAUCCAGAGGUAAUGUGUGAACUGUUAGUUCCCAUCUCCCUUCCCACCACACUAACCACUCUCCUCUCUCCCUUCUAAACCCCCAGGAAAAGUCAAUAGCUUAAUAGUUUCAUUCUUGCAGCACUAUGAAUGUAACCCUUUGCUUGAUCAUGUUUUAUGUCAUGUCUGCAUGUGCCUUAGGUUGAAUGGGAAUUGGUGGCAAUGGUUGGUUAGACAGGGUGGGGUUGCCGGCAAUAUUGAACUACAUGUUAAUUUUUCAUACAAGCCGCUAAAUAUUUUGAUGAAUCACAUUCAUGCUGUUUUAUUGAAGCCUGUUUAAACUUUCUCUACUACAUGGUAGUAUGAUCUUGGUAAAAGCCUCUACAAAAUUAAGAGUAAUGCGUAUUUUUUUUAAUCCACAAACUGGAAUUUUAAUUGUAAAUAUUACUAAUCUGUUUAACUUGAGCAGGCUUAAUUUUCUUUUCCCAAGAAAAAAAACAGAAAAAAGAUUUAAAGCAAAUGCAAUAAAAUAACACUCAAAGGAACAGUCCUAUUUAGGCACUGGCUGCUUUGUUAAACCAGCAAAUGUAUGGUUGCUUUUGUAGUAUAUGGAAUAAAAUAUUGACCUGAAGACCACCACUAUAAA